CGCUCCGCACCACAGAGUCUGAGUCUCCCAGCUGUGCUGCGCGCCUCAGCGCCUGCGCGUUGCUGUGCAGUGGAUGCCACUCCAGCUCGUUUCUAAUUCCCCGCUCCGCCGCCGGUAGUGCGGCCCCGCUGCAAACCCGCAGGAGAGCCAUUACCGCCACCACGCCACGCCGUAUUUAAUCGUCGGCGACGCGGCCCUGCGCGCGGGAUGCUCUUUGCCUGCCCUCCUGCUGCUCCUGCUGCUCAUCGCUGCUCAUAUAAACGCGCGGCUGGCAGCGUCUGGAUCGAUCAUCGAUGUCGAGGCGUGCGAUGUAGUGGCGGGCAGCCUAGGCGGCAACCGUGCUAGCUACCUCCGCUAGGCACGCCGGCGCCGGGAUCCAUGACAGGCCAGGAGGAAGAAAUGGUGGAGCAGGCGGGUGGGGCGGUGGCGACCGGAGGGCAAGGACCGGCCGAGAAAAACCACCACGGCGAACCGGAGGCCGCGGUCUCGGCGGCGUGCGCGCCCAAGGCCGCCGCCGCCGUGCCCGCUUCCUUGCCGCCGCGACACCGGCGGUCCAAGAGCGCGUCCUCUGACAGGAACGCGGAGGCGUGCAAGCAUCAUGGCGCCGCCGAGCAACGCUGCGGCCAAGCUGCCGUCACUCUCACUCCAUGCUCGUCUAAGAACCCGCCGGAGACGAGGAGGUCUUGGGCCACCGCCGCCGGAGGAUCGGCUCACCAGGGGCCGCGAGAUCGCAGGCCCAACGCGUCGCCGAACCACCGCGUGUCGCUGGAGAAUGACGUUAGGCAGCUGCAGCUGCAUUUGCAUCAGGAGAGCUCCAUCAGGGUCAUGCUCGAUCGCGCGAUUGGCCAAGCAGCCAGCACUCUAUCUCCUGGCCAUAGGCAUUUCCCAGCGCAGACAAAGGAACUGAUAGCUGAGAUUGAAUUGCUCGAGGAGGAAAUCGCCAACCGCGAGCAGCACGUUCUCACUCUCUACAGAAGCAUAUUUGAUCAGUGCAUGUCUGGGCCAUCAUCGGGGCAGAGCUCUGGUAUUUCGUCCCCCGCACACACCAAGAAUAUCACUACUAGAGCUAGAACUAGAAGGCAGCCAAGCAUAAUAUCAAACGCGUUCUGCUCAUCCAAGAAGCUCCCAAUUCAGCCUUUCCACAUCAUGGAGUCGCUAUCCGAGUCGGGAAGAACCAAGAAUAUGGUCAAGGCCAAGAUCAAGCAUCAAUCUUUCUCAAGUGAAACGUUGGAUAUCCAUCCUACAUCAUUCCCACCAGAUCCAAAAAAGCUACCUUAUUCUGGGAGUAGUUCUCUGGCCCGCGCUCUGAAGGAUCACCUUUAUCAAUGCCCAAGCAAAAUAUCAGAAGAAAUGGUUAGAUGCAUGGCCUCCAUAUACUAUCUUCUGCGCACUGAGGCACCAGAAAAGUCUGAAAAGGCCCGUUCGCCAUUCUUGUCAAAGUCAUCGACAAAUGUCAUACUUCCUCAGAGGGUUAACGGGGAGGAAAAUAAUUCAUCAAACAGCAAAUGUACUGUGGAAAUAGCUUCCAUAUCAGUUGACAAGAACCAGAUGCCAGAUGUCUCUUACGCGAUUACUCACUACAGGUUGCUUGUGGAGCAGCUUGAAAGGGUUGAUCUGAGCAUGUCAGAAAAAAGUAUUAAAUUGACCUUCUGGAUUAAUGUGUACAAUUCUCUUAUCAUGCAUGCAUAUCUGGCAUACGGAGUUCCAAACAGCUCGCUGAAAAGAAUGGCGCUGUUUCACAAGGCUGCCUACAACAUCGGAGGACAUGCCGUUACUGCCAAUUCCGUUGAACACGCCUUGCUGUGCUUCAGAUCUCCACGGCUUGGUCGAUGGUUCGAGUCCAUUCUGUUGACGGCGAUGAUGCGCAAGAAAUGCGCGGACGAGAAGCAGCUGGUCCAGCUCAAGUUCGGCCUGCCGGACUGCCAGCCUCUGGUCCUCUUCGCCCUGUGCACCGGUGCUUCGUCUGAUCCCAUGGUGGUCCAUGGCCCACCUGUCCACCUAGCUAGCUACGCCACUGCCGGUGGAUCUACACGUUUUGCAGCUGCGAGUGUACACGGCGAAGAACGUGAUGGAGGAGCUGGAGCGCGCCAAGCGGGAGUUCCUGCAGGCGACGGUGGUGGUGCGCAAGUCCAAGAAGAAGGUGUUCCUGCCGCGCCUCGUCGAGCGGUACGCCCGGGAGGCGUCCCUGGGCCCCGACGACGUCCUCCCGUGGGCGCAGCGCGAGGCUGGCGGCGACGGCCGGGCGCAGCAGGACGACGCCGCCGCCGUCCAGCGGGGCGCCGGGAGCCGGCGCAAGGCCGCGCAGGCCGUGGAGUGGCUGCCGUACGCCGCCAGGUUCCGGUACGCCUUCGCCAGGAGCAUGGUGGACAAGCCACACUGCUAGUGCUAGCUGCUUCCCCUCGCUCGGACGGCGGACGCACACGCCAUCAGGGAGGAAGGACACACGGAUGUAGUCGCUGUGAUGCAGCGAUAGCCGAUAGCCGAUGGCCAGAUGUAACCGUGUAAACGCGUCGUUGAUGCUGCACUGUUGUGAUUGGGAUCAUUGGAAUGAUACGCGUGGACUCGUGUAGCAGUGCUAGUUACCAAGUGUCUAGUUGUUAUGCCUAAAGUGUACAGAGGAGAGUUCAUUGGAUUCGUUGAAAUUGUUGAGAGCGACUGUGUUUCAGA